AUGGCUGAUAAAGAGAAUGAGACAAAAGUUUCUAAGCUGAAAAGGAAGUUCAGUAGAAAGGCUGCUUCAAAGGCACCAGCUGCUGUACCGUCACCAGUAACUGCCUCUCCUGUUAGUGUCCGAUCAGCUACUCUUCCAUUGUCUUGUGAUCCCAAGUCUCUAGCACUUCACGAGUCUCACAGUGAAGGUCUGUUCUCAAGACUCAGGCGAAGGUUUCGUUUUGGGAGUAAAGGAAAGUAUGACUUGAAAUCCUAUACAGAAAACUCUCCCUCCAAACCAAGGUGGCUUAGAAGAAAGAGUGAAGAAACACAAAUUCAUGAUGAUGAUGAUAAUCUCAGCUUAGAUGUUGACCCCAAAAUCUCUGUGGGAAAAUCAAACUCGGUGAAAACCCAACGAAAAUCAAAAUCAGACAAAGAGGAGGUAAUUCUCAUUCGAAAAGACAAGAGAGUGAGUGUUAUUUGCAAAACUGAAAAUGGAGAAUCAGAAGUUAUAUUUUCCAAUGCAGAGAAUGUAGAUGAAGAUAUGUCUGAAAUAACAAGUGAGAUGGAUGAAGAUCCAUAUGCUACUAUAAGUUCAGUUAAAGAGCAAAUAGCUAGGAACACCAGAAACUCACAAGUUGUCAAAAACCAGAAUAGUAUCGAGUUGUCUUAUGGUGCUACAGCUAAUAAUAACAAACUUGAUACUGAACAAUGUAAUAAAAUUGCAGUGGACAUUGAUGAAUAUCCAUAUGCAAAGAUUGACACCAGUAGGAAAAAACCUUCGGCAGUUUCCCACCCAUCGUUGGAUACUAGGAGUCUUCCCAAGCAAACUUGUUCACGCGUGAGAAGCCAGAUUGAGCCUGACUAUGAGAGUUUAGAUGAAGUUAAGCAGAAAAAGAAUGAAUUCAGGUCACAAGGAAACAUGCAGUCUGCUUACUUUGACGCAGUGAUGUCAGAUCCAAACCUCAACGUUUCAUCUGUUGGGCCCGGUGUUUUAGACCCGGACUAUGAAAGUCUGGAGGAUGUCAAACAACGAUGUGUAAGUUCUAACAUGUCUGCUUGUUCUGGGAGCAGAUGUUUUAAUGAGACUCCCAUCUCCUGUAUGAAUAAUGCCUACCACCAACCAUCACCUGUUGAGAAGACCAUGUUGGAUAACUCUGGAGUGAGAUCUCCACAUUCUCACGAUGGUAGCGAGGCAUCAUCCAGCAGGUUGUCUCCCCUCCUGGGUGCCAGUUCUGACAGUGAUAAGUUUCUCAGGACAUCGUCUGCUGCUAGCUCUCAGGAAUCUAGACCAGCUUCUAUGUCUUCCCCACGUCUGACAGGAAGAACUUCUGCAUCUUUAUCACCUUCUUCCGUGGCUCCCCUGGCUCCCUCUGUCGAUUCCUCCCUUCCAAACGAUGCUCCGUCACACCACCAAUCCUCCCCACAAGAAGAGUGCCUUUAUGACAACCCUAAUAUCAUCUUGAGGAAACAAGUGUCCCGUUCAGUUACCAGUGCUUCCACACUCACCCGACGUGCCAACACCCAUUCGGAGCCUCCCGUUAUCAAAACCCCUGCAGAAGAAGAGCUGGUUGAGAAACUGAGUGCUUUGCUGGCACCACCGCUGCCUUUGAGAAACUACCAGAAAGACGAAGUGCAUCCUAAAAGUGGCACUGCCAGUGCUCGUCAUUCAUGGUCCUCUCAGGGCAGCAGAGGGGCAGAGCCAGGGGAGUUUAGUCACAGCAGAGAAAUUGAGAGAAGCCCAGUGACCAGUUUAAAUCACAGCAGGGAAAACCUGAUAAUUAAAUCUGUGAAAGAUUCGCUGAUGAAUCAAGUUUAUGAGCGUCAUGAUUUCUUUUCUAGAAGUAAUGGAGCUGAUUUUCUUAGAAAGAAGGAGACAAAUAGUUUAGAGAAGUACCUAAGGAAGACAUCCCCACAAGCAAUAAAGUCAAACAGAUUUUUAGACAAGGGUAAGGAAGGCAGUAAGUCUGAGUAUUCUUCUGUCAGUAAAGUACAACUGGCAAAUGAAGAAAAUAGUUUGGCUUGUCAAUCUCCUAAAAUGGAGGUAAUAAAUAAACAGACACAGGAUACAGUUUGUGUGCCAUCACAAGUUGAGCUUGCAGACAGCUCGAGCAUUGCUAGAUUUUGUCAUGAUUUGGUCAAAAGUAUUAUAGAUGAGGCAUGUCAACAGUGUGAGACUUCGUGUGGUUCUCAUUCUAUAGCAAGUGUAAUUGCUGAGAAGCCAGCUUCACAAGAACUAAGGAACAUGUCAGACUUUUCUGCGAAAGAAGGACCUGGUAUAACAAAUGCUGAGGACGCUGGAACUUUGAGCAGUAGAGAAUUUGGUAUUCAAAGUCACACAGAUUUAAGAAGUGAACGUUGUGCAAGGUUUGUUUCACCCGAUAUUUAUCACAUCAAAGAAGGUCCAGAGAUCACAUUUUUAGGUAACAAUGAAAGCAGUUCAAAUCAGAAGCGAGAUGAAUGUAAGAAAGAAGCAUUUACAACGAAAAUGGAGGUAAAUAGUGUGGAUAUAGCCACCGGAAAGAAAGAAAACAAGACUGGAAAUGAAAAUGUUGCUAAGGAUGUUUUGUAUAAUUUACAAGGUGCAAGACCAAAAGUCAGGCCUUUAAUGUUAGGACCCGCCACUUCCUCAUCUAAUGGUUGUUUGGAAAACACUAAAGUAAAGCCAAAGUAUUGCAUGAAUGGAAAUGGAGAAUCUAGAUUGGAAGUUGAGAAGAAUUGUAGCAAGGUCUUGUCAAAGGACUCCCCAACCUGGGAUGAAACAUCUCCAAUGUUUUCUGACAUGGACUUUCGAGAUAGCAUUGAAGAAAAUAUUUCACAACACAUAAAAUCAGACAAGGCUGUGAAAGUUGACAGCUUGAAGAAGUCUGAAGAAGAAUGUGAUGAUAAAUAUUUUGAAAACUCUGAUCCCAGCAUCCAGGAAACUGUGUAUGUUGAUUCAGAUUUAGAAAAUGAGUUCGGGUUAGAUAUAAACAAGAAGGUAACGUUUCACGUCAGGAGGAAUCAGUGUAUUUCCAGAGUGGCAAAACCAAUUGUGUAUGCAAAUCCUAGGCUUUUGGAGAAUGUCAUCAGUGGUUCUUUCAAGAAAUCAUCAAGCCUGGACACAGCUUACUUAGCACAGGGGGUGUUUAGGUGGGGACGAUAUUUUUCAUCUUUGGGUGAGGAGAGGCAAGCUGUGGAUGCAAAACUGAAGGCAUUCUACAAUUUUGUCCUUGAAAUGCUGUUUAGUUCAUCGCGGCUACAACGAAAUCAGUACAGAGUGAGGAAACUGCAAGAGGAGGUUAACAGGAUGCAGCUGAAGAUUGAGAGGCGGCUCAGAUGUGUACAAGAUUUGCCUACUUUUCAAGAUAUCCGGCUUCAGCUGCUAAAAACUGAGGCAAUUGAUGAUUGGGAGCCUGAGAAACCUGCAGCAGGUUAUUUUGAUCAUUCAGAUGGUCAUCAGGAUUUUGGGAGAAUUAAUAUUGAGAGAACUAAGGAUAGAAGUCUUCACGACUUCCCAAAUGUCCUGUUCAAACAUGAGCCUGUCAUUAAGAAAAGAGAUGGUUCACAUUUGUUUACUGGCGGUAAACAGUUGUCAGCACAAGAAUUUGACGUGGGUCAUUUAUUUCACUCUGAUGAUUCCUUCUCCGAAGUUGAUGAAGUCUUCUGUGUCUUUGAUAACGGGCAGUCCGUGAUGAACUUACCAAAUUCACCCACUGAAGUUCUGGAUGAGUUUGUGCAGCUGAGCAGAUCACAUCUGAAGUGCAGUCACUGUUAUACUGCUGAAGAAUCUGAUUCCGAAGAUGAAAUGGUUGCAGUUGAAACGUAUGCAAGAACAGUCAGCACCAGUAUAUGCCCUCAGUUAAACAACUGUAUUGAUUUCAUAGCUGCUGGAUCACUCUGCCGAGCCUUCCAUGGUGAACUAGCAUAUACCUCGCAUAUGAGAAAACACAGGCCUCCUAAAAAACUGUUAACUGUCCCAGGACCUGGUAUUGAGUGUGGAGGUUCCGACAGCCAUCUCUCCUGGAACAACUGGUGCUGUUUGGAUGCUCUGUUUACCAAACUGAUUCCACAUAUUUCACCAAGGCUAGAUUUUCAGUAUUUGUUAAGAACUUAUGAUGAAUUUAAACACUUUGUUUUAAUAGACAGGGAACGCAACUUAGAGCACAAAGGGUGUUUUGUGAGAAGGUCUCCAAUGAAUGUUCUCAAAUGUUGUCGCUUCGAGGAAUUUGUGUUUCUGAAGAUUAUUCGUGAUGAGAUACGACACUUCUCACAUAUAUUUUCCAUGUCACGUGCAAGUAGAGAUUUAUUUCUGGAGGAGAGGGAUGUCGGGUUUUCCUUGCUGAGUCUGCUGAGAAUUGUGUUACGAAACAUUCACAAAAUGCGCAAGUCCUUGUCAAAAGAAGAAGUGGGCGAAUCUGGACCGAAAGGUAGCUCAACAGACAAAAGACCUAAAAUCUAUUUCCGCCAUUCAGCAUUCCAGAAGUGGCCUACUCAAGAAGAUUACUUCACCGACCCUGUUGUCAGCACAGACCAGCAGAGGUUUCACGUCAGGAACUUUGAGAAUUUCCGCUUUGGUUCUUUGUCCCAGACAUUGAGGAACUGGAAGUCUCCGCAGGCCUAUGUUCAUGAUCCCAAUGUACUGGCCUCAUGCAGGACAGUGUCUACCCAGCCUGACAACAAAGGCAUUGAAGAGCCAAAACCACUGCAUGAACAGCAGGACUUUCUAGAAAGUAUGGAGCAGCUGCAGCAGAAAGAUUGGUACUGGGGACCAAUCUCCUAUGAGCAAGCUACUCUGAUUCUCAAGGACAAGGAAGAUGGAUCUUUCUUAGUCCGUGACAGUUCAGACCAGAAAUAUUUGCUGAGCCUCAGCUUCAAGUCUCUUGGAGAGGUUCACCAUACUCGGAUAGAGCAUGCAAAAGGUCUGUUUAGCUUUUUCUCACAACCGGAAUCUCAUGGGAAGGCAAGAAUCUGUGAGUUUAUAGAAAAGUCAAUACAGAAUUCCAGAGAUGGUCGAUUCCUGUAUUUUUUAAGACCCAGCGCCCGUGGAAUGCCGCCACUUCCCAUUCGGCUACUGACUCCAGUGUCGAGAAACUUCAGGGUGGCCACUCUCAAACACUUGUCAAGAUUUGUUGUGCGUCAGACAGUGAGGAAGGAUCACCUAGAUCUUCUGCCAGUGCCAGAAAAGGUCAAAAGAUAUCUGCGAGACAAGCAGUACUACGUGGAGAUUCUUGAUGAGGACCAAUGGGCAUUUGAUGGAGACUAUGGCAAGUCCUCAAAGUGA